GUCGCCUGCAAGACCAAGAUGGCAGCGAGACUCAGCGCCUUCCUCAAGAAUGCCUGGGCGGAGCAUCCGGUGCUGGUGGUGUCUUUCUCAGUCUGGGGCCUCGCUAUAAUUAUGCCCAUAAUCAGCCCCUACACCAAGUAUGCCACCAUGAUCAACAAGGCCACACCCUACAACUACCCAGUACCUGUUCGAGAUAAUGGGAACAUGCCCGAUGUGCCCAGCCACCCCCAGGACCCUCAGGGCCCAAGCCUGGAAUGGCUGAAGAACCUGUGAAUAAUACUGCUGAUGGACUACU